AUGGCUGCAUCCUGGAUGCAGUCUCCGUUCGACCACGAGUUCGAUAUUCUCGUGGAAAAUGAGCUUAAGAAGUGGAAAGUACCUGGUCUUAGCAUUUCAGUUGUCCAUGGACCCAACACAUACUCCAAGGUAAGAAAAACGACAACAGUCGAAAAUCAAGCGCUGAUCAGUGUAAAGGCAUACGGGGUGGCCGAGGUUCACUCGGAGUCUGAUCCAACAACCGAUCAACCACCUACGCAACGUAUGAUGUCUACCAACACACUGUUUCCAACUUGCAGCACGACCAAGGCCUUUACUGGUGCGGCUACGUCAAUAGUGAUUCAAGAUAGCAAAUCUACCGUAAGCCCAAUCUCCUGGAAUACGCCUCUGGCUAGUUUGAUACCGGAAGACUUUUCUUUGGAAGAUGCCUCUACGACUCAGAUCAUCACCUUGGAGGAUGCCCUCUCCCAUCGUUCUGGCAUGCCCGAGCACGGCUGGACACUGGCGUUUAUGCCGAAGAACGACAUAACCAUUCAAGACACAGUGCGCACCAUGAAACACUUUCCUCUUGCGAGUGCUCCGCGAACAAAGUACAACUACAGCAACCACAUGUAUAUUGCUGUAUCACACGCAUUAGAGAAACACACCGGCCAGCCGCUGGGUGAGAUCAUGAAGAAACGUAUUUGGGAACCUCUGGGCAUGCAUGAGACAUUCUUCUCCACCAAAGAUGCCAAAGCCGAUACAUCGACUACUCACAGCUUUGCCCAGGGACACGACUGGGUUUCCAACGAAGAAGGUGGUGUGUUUGUUCCCCUGCCUAAUAACGAUUGGCAAGUAAAUAGUGGUGCCGGUGCUAUCGUCAGCAACGUCAGUGACUAUGCCCUCUGGAUUCGCGAGUUGAUCGAGAGAAAGCGGCCCCUCGAGGGCCAUGGUAGCUUGAUAGAGCCACGAACCUUUCAUUUCCAGAAUGACGAUUUGAACAUCCCUGCCCCGUACCAUGCAUAUGCGCUAGGCUGGUUUGUCGAUCAUUACCGAGGCCACAAUUUCUACAGCCACCCUGGUGGCUGGCCUGGGUUUGGCAGCUGGGUUGGAUUUAUACCAGAGAAACAAUUCGGGUUUGCUAUUAUGGGCAACUCAUUCUCUGCUCGAUAUGCAGCGUUUAGAUUGGGCACGUAUCUUUUGGAUAAGCAGCUUGGGAUGCCGUACGAUGCGGUACAUGAGGGGCAAAUCAACGACUGUAUUGCAAGACAUUCUACAGAGUGGCACGCACGACUUGAAAAAAAGACUGUGGAAGAGGCCAAGCGAGAAUUGUAUGGAACUUUGCUGGAACCUCCGAUUCCGCAUGCUUUGCCAUUGCCCAAGUAUGCUGGGAAAUAUAAACAUCCUUCGAACAUCAGUUUGACUUUGAAAGAGCAUUCUGAGUCUCUCAAAGCAGACUUGCACGAUCGAGUCAUUCCCUGUGAGCUCUCCGUUGUCCAUGCGAGCGGAGAGUUCUUUGUUGGUACCAUCCACAACCGAGUCCAGAACUUGAUGCCACCUUUCGCGGUGGAAUUCCACAUCGAUGUGUCUGGAGCUGUUAUCAAAGUUGGACUUCUUUUGGAACAUGCGCUAGAGGGAAAAAAGAUCUGGUUUGAGCGUUGUGAAGAGUAA